AUGGCUACAACAACCACAGCCAGCCGUCCAGCUACACAGGGCUCAGAAGGACAAUCUACACGUCCACAGAAGCGACCAGGCUCCAAUCUUUUUAUUCCCCGCAAGCCGACUCGCAAACCUGGGCCGAGUCAGGCUGCAACGCCACAAGCAAACGGCUCUGCGUCUGUUGGAACUCCAAAGCCAGCUCAUCUUACCUCAUUACCAAACGCACGAUCUCCGGUACCCACUCCUAGGAACGAUGCGAUGGAUUCAGCCGCUGGGAGUCUGCGUCCUGGAAUGAGCGAUGCUCCCAAGCCGCUCGAUUACCCAUUCGUGGAAUUUGACCUCCUUACGGGCGAUCUCAAUGGUCCUAUGGCGCCGGGCGGAUUUACUCCACAGGUCGAUUGGAACAUUUUUCGCUUCCAUCGUAUUCCUGGAGAUAAAACGGUCGUCGAAGCGUUUGAAUUUCCUAUUAAACUUAAUCGUAAGAAUUUCAAGUAUAGAGAGCGCAUGGAUGAAGACGAGGAGAUGGAGAUUGUGCAGACCGACGCAAACGUUGGUGUUGCAGGUCCUGCGGGUGCAGCCCCAUCCGGCUCCGGACUCUUGGACGGUCUCGACCUCCAGGAUUUGAAGAAUGUUACUGUUCCCUCGUCCGCUUCGCAGAUUGGACAAUCCUCCGUUAAGCAAGAGACUCCCGGCGCCAGCGGCAGCGGAACCAAGAAGAAUGAAAAGCUCGUUCCUCUCAAGGGUCCCGACGGCCAAGUGGUCUACAAAGCAGACGGAGAGAUUGUAAUGGUCACCCCGGCUGUCGCGCAACAAGCCAAAGGCGGUCGGUUACCUUAUAUCCCUGGUGUGACUCCCGAGCCCAAAGGAAAGAAGGGUAAAGGGCCGCAACGAAACGCACCCGGUGCCUCUAGUGCUAACGGUGGAGGCAAAGGUGGCGAUGGCAAGCCUGGUGAGGGAAGGAGGCGUGGCGGAAAGAAGACGCGACAGGUUUUUCUCAUCUCCGAGGAAGCUCGAAAGCUCAAAAAGGAGGAGCGCUACCCUUGGCUCUGGGAGGAUGCCAGUGGGCAAGAAGUCUGGGAAGGACGCAGAACGGAAAGAAACAAAGUCAAGAUGCAACUGCUUCAGGUCUGCAAGGAUGGGAAAUUCCGAUGGUACCCUGCUCGCAAGCAUUACAUGUUUACCAAACUGCCCACUUGGGAAGUGCUCAACGCUGAUAUGGCCAACGAGCAGUUUGAGCGUGAUCAACGUAGACGCAACCCAUUGUACUUUGCCCAGAACACCAACAGCGAAGGGUUUACCCGAGCAUUCCGACAACUUGCAAGACAGCAGCAACUCGACGAAAAGAAGGCUGGAGGAUUUGUAGGCGAGGCCACCAUGACCGGCGGCGCAAGUGUUUUACGACUCGUAGACCGUGGUCGACCCACUGCCUUUGAUCGAGAAGAGGGCGAUGAUAUCGAGGAUGCCGACAUCAAGCGCGAGAACCAAGAGCGCGAGCAAGAAAUAUUUGGCAUGGAGGGGGACAUGGACGAGAUGGAAUACGACGAAGAGAUGGCGGAUGAUGACGAGAAAGUACACAUCGAUGGCAAAGAAGAGGAAGAAAAGGAGGUAGAAGAACGUCUGAAGCGGGAAUGGCGACAAGCGAACAAGACAGACGUAGAGAUUGCCGAUCAUACAUUCAUGGGUCGACAAGCGCGCCUUGACAAGGCUGGUCGCAAGAUCAAGCGAAUGCUUCGUGGUCAAGACAAGACCGGCACUCUCUAUGAGACGGACUCGGACAAGGAUCCCUACGCAUCGCAGGAGGAUUCCGACUCUGAUACGGACCUCGAAGAGAAGGAACGUAAAGAGAAGGAAAAGGCCGAAAAAGAAAAGGCCGAACAGGCAAAGAAGGAAGAGGAGGAACAGCUCAAGCAGCUGCUGGAGGAAAAGGAAAAGGAACGAGAGGCAGAAAAGGAGCGCAAAAACAAGGCGGCUGCUGCCGCAGCUGCAGCAACAGCGAGAAACGAAGGGUCCGCACCGAACAAGGUGAUUACGGCGCUGGGUGGCAAAGGUGGAGGUUCAUCGCUGAAACCUGGUGCCAACGCUUCGCGAGCAACUUCUCCAAAGCCAAAACAGGAGAGUUCACGUUCUGGAUCACCUGCCAUCCGCUCCUCUGGCACUCCCGCACCAUCAUCCACGUUAAGGGCAACGAGUCCAAUGCCAAAAUCAGUUCAUGGAAGGACUCCAUCGGCAAGCGGAUCAAGCACCCCUACCGCUAGUGGUGGAGGUGCAAUCAAGCGCAAAACCGGGCCCGCGGGCCCAUCAGGCGGCGAAGAAGGACCACACAAGCGUCAACGCACUGCGAGUCCAACAGACAAUGCCGCUCGCAAGAAGCCAGCCGCGACACCGACACCUUCUGGAACAGGCAGUGGUCUCCAGUCUCUCGGCGCAACGCCACCACACGAGUUUCCUGGAUGCCUCACGCGAGAAAUGGUCUACAACUUUCUCAAGGAGCGCGAGAUGCAAGGGCUCAAGACGACGACAAAGGAUCCGAUUGAUCGAUUCAAGCACAUGUGGUCUGGUGCGAAGAAUGGCAUUGCUAAAGAGGGCGUAGACGUUCGCAACAAGGAGCUUUUGGCCUACUGGGUUCGCAAUGUUGCGAACUUGUCAAAAGAAAAUGGCCUGGUGCUCAAGAAGGACCUUUGA